GACAAACCAGACAGCCCCGGUACCUGUUAUUCAUGCGCUCCGUGUGCUACUUCCUGUAUAGUCCGCUGUUCUGGUUGAGAAGGCCAAAUAGCGACAACCGCGUGUUCAAGACGUGAUGUCUGCGACGUUGCGUGUGCUGUACUCCUUGUCCAGGCCAGGCACUUUCUCGGCAUGCACGCGCCUGGUGCGUCCGUUCAGUCUGUCCGUCCAGAGAGAAGGAUACAAGUAUGUGAAUGCCCAGGAGAUCCCGACAGACAUGAAGUCCAUCACAGACCGGGCAGCGCAGACGCUGCUGUGGACCGAGCUCUUCAGAGGUUUGGGGAUGACCAUGAGUUACCUGUUCAGGGAACCCGCCACCAUUAACUACCCGUUUGAGAAGGGGCCGCUGUCGCCCCGUUUCCGUGGAGAACACGCCCUGCGCAGGUACCCCUCCGGGGAGGAGCGCUGCAUCGCCUGCAAGCUCUGCGAAGCCAUCUGCCCCGCCCAGGCCAUCACGAUAGAGGCGGAGACUCGCGCGGACGGCAGUCGGCGAACAACGCGCUACGACAUCGACAUGACCAAGUGCAUCUACUGCGGCUUCUGCCAGGAGGCCUGCCCUGUCGACGCCAUCGUAGAGGGUCCCAAUUUCGAGUUCUCCACAGAGACCCAUGAAGAGUUGCUGUACAACAAGGAGAAACUGCUCAACAAUGGAGACAAGUGGGAGGGAGAGAUCGCUGCCAACAUACAGGCCGACUACUUGUACAGAUAAACACACACUCACUAUACACACACUAUGCACAUACACACACACUCUCACAUACUAUAAACACACACACACACACACACACACACAGUCCCGAACAGACCAAAUUGUCUGAUGACUGCAAUCCAGCUGAUUAAACCACACUUCAUGUAAUCCCUGUAUACAUUUGUACAUUUACAACAGGGGCGAACAACUUCCAGUCCUGGAGGGCCGGUCUGCAAGCUGGUUUUUGUUCCAACCAAUUACCUUAAUUUAUUUUUCUCACAGCUCUAUAAAUUAUGUUGCUUCACUCCUGCACUUGAGCAGAGUAUAAUCUUUAGGACACACUUGCAGUCUGCAGCUGUAGCUGGUGCAUACACAAAUGUCUGAUGAAGACAUUAUUUAGCUAAUUAAUUAAGAGCAGAAGUUGGCACAAAAUCCUGAAGCAGAUCGGCCCUUGCUGUGCGCCCCUGAUUGCAGUGUUGAUCUUAUCUGCUUGCAGAGCCUCAGGCACUUCUUUUCAGCUGUUCAAACCGCACAAACACUCACUGUAUAAAGACUCCGUAUGUAAUUGUGAAAAUUUAAAUAAAAUUCCUGUAAUACAGUU